AUGUCCGAGGACAAGAAAGUCCGGCUACUGAUGCGUGCUGUAAACGAGGAACUUUUCGCUGUGGUACAUUCCCCCGUGCGGGCGGUACAGAUACUCCGCCAACAGCCGCGGGAGGAUGCGGCCUGCAGGGCAACCGCCGAGUAUGCGCGGCAGGGGCAGGGGCAGCUGGCUGAGGCAGCGAACGCGGAGGCCGCCAGUUUCCACCAGCUGCUGCUGCAGCAAAAUAGGCAGCAUCAUCAGCAGCUGGUGGAGGAGCUGAGGGCGGCCCGGGUGGUGCAGCAGCAGCUGGCAGCAGAGAUGCGUGGUUUGAGAGAGGCCACCGCCCUCAUCGCGACAACACUGCGCCAGCUCCUGGCUCGCCUCUGCGAGCAUCCUCAGCCAUGAGGGACAGUCCCCCCCCCCCCCCUUAUAAUCCUUUAGUACUAAUAGGUACAAGUGUUGCCCAUCUUUCCGUUCAAAUCACCGCUGCAGCAUUUGGUGGUGGUGCCCAUACCUCCUCGAAAGCUGUUGUGGCGAGUUGUAGCCAGUCUUGUGAAAUUAUGUGCAGGUCAUGUGCGACCAUGGCAGCGAAAGCUGAUAGUGCUGUGAUGUCACUUGAAACACAAAUGCGUGUUUUUUUUUUUGUAUGUAGCACCAAAGGAUGAUAUGACUGUUUUCCCUACAUUUCUGUACCUAAUCAUUUUUUUUUUCAAUGUAAUUUCUUUUCAUGUGUAUUUUCACUUGCAGUGCAAGUUUGCCCAAGUGAGACGUUAUAAAUUAUAUGUAGAAUGUUUGCCAUAUUUCCGUUAGGUGUUGUUCACUUCUGUUUUGCUUUUACUGAUAUGUUUCAAUGCGCACCGUUUUUCCAAGGAAGAUAUACACUAUGCAAUCACUUUUACAGCAACUUCGACAUUGUCUCGCACACAUACAGGUGCACUUAACUACAAUGCUGUGAUAACUGGAAAUGAAUUUUCAUGCCAUAUGUAUGUCAUGUUUGCAACGUCAAACUUUGCAACGCCUACGCAAUGCAAAGUAGCCGAAUUUGAAUUUUUUUUAACACCAAGUGCCUGUUACUUGUGAUAGUUAUUGUGAUAUUUCAGGUGUCCUUACCUAUGAUAGCAGUACAAUCUAGUCCCCAUUGUAGUUGAGCACAGUUUGUGACAUACAUAAUGGAGCCAUCGAUGUGGCCACUAUUUUGACAUUCGCUGCCAGGCCGCUCUUGCAGCCGUUAUAUGAAAUACCGUUGAAGUGCCAAACGUUUUCUCACUUGUCCUUCCUUAAAAGCAUGUGAUGGCUGUUUUAUAUUGUGAUCUUAUUACGGCACUAGUCAUUGAACUAUUUCGUGCUACAAACACGCGGAAUACAUAAUAGACAAGACAUCUUUCUUGCUGUUAAGUUGCUGAAUGAAGAUAAAUGGUUGUGUGCGAGUUCAAAAAAACAUCAUAAUGCUCGUGUCAUAUUUAUGCAGUUUAACAUCUGCCAACUGGGUAGUGUACUGGGUCCCAUGUAGUGAACAUCACACGGCUAUUUUGGCGCCAUGAAGUCAUGCUCUGUGUGCUUGUCUGUCAUUUGCUUUGAUGAAAGAUGGCAUUGAAGAUGGGUCACAUGGUUUUAUUUACAAUGCAGAUAUAAAUAAACAAUUUUAAACAAUGCAAGUGGCACUUGAAA